AUGUUCGCGUCAAGGGAGUUGAUAAGAAAACACAAAGCGAUUCAUCUUAUUCCAAAAAAAUCCCUCGAGUGCUCCAAAUGCGAUAAAAAAUAUAGUUCCAAAUCAGCGCUUUCGAAGCAUGAGCGCGUUCAUCAGGAAAACAAGCGGUACGUCUGUCCGGUGUGCAGCGAGGCAUUCCAAAUAAGCGAGCCGUUCAAAAUCCAUAUGAGGAAGCAUGACAAUCUGAAACCAUUUGUGUGCAGCGUCUGCUUUAAACGCUACGCGUCGCGUGCAGUUUGUAAACGGCACAAAUCGGGUCAUAAAAAUAAAGAAUAA